AUGCCAGAAAUAGAAACGGAUUGGAAGCUGGGAUUCAACUCUGGAGGAAAACUCCUUUCCCACAAACAUGUGAUAUCCAUGGAUGGAAAAUAUACAAUUGCCAUAUUUAAAACGCACUUGAAAGUUUAUUCACUUGAUACGAGGCAAAGCAUCAGGAACAUUGAUUUAGACAGAGAUCUAUCUGAUGUGACAGAUGUGAAGAUCAGUUCAAAAGAUGCCUUGUUGCUAUAUCUUUUCACGCCAAAUCAGAUCUUGGUGGUCAACUGGAAAAACGAGCUUGAGAGUGGCCCUAUAGUAAAGCAGUACACUUUGUCAAUGGAGCAGAAACAGGAUGGAAUAAAGCACAAAUAUGGACAAAUACUGAAAUUGAUUGAUUUUUGCGAGCAAAAAGAGUCCAAAGAGGAUGAAUCAAAGGAGGAAUCUUCCAACUUAGAGACGGUCUUUGUACUAUUAUGUGGUAAGCCACGGGAAAAGAAGGGAAACUACUUGCAUUCGGCCCACACAAGAUACAUUGUAAGAUAUUCAGCGACCAGCAACACUCUGGAGGAGUUGUUGACCAUAGAGGGAGAGCUUUUAUCUGCUAAAUCCACAGAUGGAACAAAUCUAGCCUUUGUGACGAAUAAAAACAACCUUUUGUACGUACAGGUGAAACAAGACGGGGAUCAGGAUGCAUUAGAGCUCAGCUCACACAAAUACAAGUUCCCUUAUAAGACCACAGUUUGUAGUUUGGCGGUUUCCAAUGGCGAAUCUCCGCUGGUUGCAUUAGGAACGGUCUCAGGUGUGAUUCAACUGCUUUAUCUUGGCAGUGACGAGCAGACGACAUACGAUAAUCAAAGAUUGCUCAAGUGGCAUGUUGAUGGAGUCUCUGCUGUUGAGUUUAGUCCAGACGGAAGCUAUUUACUCUCUGGAGGAAGAGAAAAGGUUCUUGUUCUGUGGCAGUUGGAGACAGAAAAGCAGCAGUUCUUGCCGAGAUUGAACGGGCCAAUAUUUGAUAUUUCAAUAGACAGCCGUGUUGAGCAACUAUAUGGUUUAACGUUGGAGUUGACACCAAGCACGCAGCAUGGUGCUGAGCGUUACUACGAGUUUCUUGUGUUGAAUGCCUUGGACUUGUCGUCAAAAUUGGACGUGAAUGGAAUAAGGCCGAGGUUCUCGGUGGAUCUUCACAAAACACUACAGAGAGAUGCGAAAAAGUUCUUGCAGAGGGCAAAUAAAGUGGACGAGGAGUCUCUCACGAAGAUUAGACAUGACGUGACAACAUCUUUUGAAGUAGAACCAGAGAGUGGCGAUCUAUAUCUUCCCUUUGGAUCCUAUAUGCAAGUGUACAACAUGACCAAAAACGAACAGGUGUAUGUUGCGGCAAUGGCACAGGCAAUGCAGCAAGGUAAAGUGAGACAGGAAGCGGAAAUUGAGGAUCCGAUGAUCGAGCAGUUUGUGUUUUCCAAGGAUGGAUCAUGGAUGUGUACGUUUGACGCUUUGAAAGCUCCACAAAUCGAUGGGCUCAUGUCAUCCAAGGAUGUUAAGUACUGCCUCAAGUUUUGGAAAUAUGUGGAGGGUGCAAGCAAUGCAGAUAAUGGUAAGCCUGGCAACCAUGUGGGCUUCCACUGGGAGCUUUGCACGAAAAUUCUUGAUCCGCAUGGUCCAAAUGUGAAGAUAGCAGCAAUAAUUCCGGCACCACGGACAUAUUACAACGGUUUGGCGUUUGCAACGGCUGAUACAAAGGGAGGUGUGCGUCUCUGGAGGCCUAGAAUCCCGAAGGAAAUAUACUCGAAGGUUCCAAACAAGAAAAUGCAGCAGACUGCCUGGACUUUGCGCCGUCUCCGACUCGGAAGUGGCCAAUUACAGACUCCCAGUGUUGCAUUAGCCUGGUCUCCAGACUCUUCUCUCAUUGCCGUCGCUCAGGAAACCAGUUUAAUUCUUUUGGACAUCAACACAUUCGAACCCGUGUCAGAAAUGCCGCUGCCAUCACUUGCUGAUUCAAGAAUCCGGAGUUUGACAAUUAUUGGAAAUUACAUAGUCGUCUUGACGAAACAGAAGCUUAUAGCAUUCAACUUGCUCACUUACCAGAUGAGUCCCUUGGCUGUGCGGAUCGAGACACCUUUGGGAGGUAAGAGUUUGAUGGCUGUUGAUGAGGAUAGAGAUCUCAUAUGCUUCUGUGCGAACUACUAUCAUGUGAACAAAUCUGCAAAAUCCAAUACUAAGGUGGAGAUCAGAUCCAGAAUCUUCAUAUUUGAUCCAUCCUCUCUAAAGCCCGUCUCUAUAAAGGACCAUGAAUGCGCCAUUGCAUGUGUCAAGUACUCAAAGGUUGUCUCAGGGUUCAUUCUUCUAGAUAUAAAUUCAAGGGUCGGUGUGUUGAAUACUGUUACGAGCACUUUCUUGCUAGAGGAAGAGCGCAGAAAGGAGGAAAAGAAAGCUUACGAGAUGGCUAUGUUGCUUAAUAAUGCCCAGUAUGUUUCUGAGAUCACUGCAGCCAAUUCAGCUUCAUCGAAGAAGGAAAAGAGCGAAAUUGGAGAUGAUACUGAAGAAUUGGCUGUUCACAAACCUAUAAAUCCAGACAGACUUGAGUCUGUCCUCUCCAAUAUGGAGGGAUUACCUGUUGAGGCUCUGUUUGAUAGGGUGAUGAAUAUUUUGUAA